AUGUCAUCGAUUUCAUCGAACACGUCUUCGAUAACCUCAAGCGCCUGCGACACGCUUACUCAACGCGGCCUGUUCUACACCAAUUGGCUAAACGGAGGACACACCAUCGUCUGUGGUAACUGCUCUCAAAUCGGAUCUUUCGCUGGCACGGCCUCUCCUCAGACGUCUGACGUGGACGAAGACCACAUGAGCUCUGACGCAGACAGUCCUCGUAUCGUGACUCGUUCGGGUCCACACGCCACCACCACCACCAUUAACGGGCCAGCUGUCAUCGGAGGUAUACCAACUCAGACCCAACCCACCAAUGUCCAUUCUCAUGGGCCAACCGUCAACGUUAACCCAGUCUUCGGUGUUCCCUCUGCCAAUCUAGCCAGCUCCGACAGCGCUUCCGGGACCGCCAGCAACACGCUCACUCCCGACGACAGCAUCUCUACCGCUCCUGAGAGAGCCCGCACCGGAGCCGGUCGCGCUGGCACAGGUGGAGGCAGAUUCAGCUCUCAUGGUCCGACUGUGAACAUCAACCCAGUCUAUGCCGGAGGCACCGGUGCGUCUCGCAACAACAGGAGUGCUCGCAGUUCACCCGCCUCGUCCGGACCUCGCACUCGCGGCCUCCAGGGAAUAGGCAUCACGAGCUCCGGGGUCGCUGGCGGUGCCUCGCAGAACACCAGGAUGAGCCUCGCGAUUAACGCGCCGCAGGUACUCAACUUCGGUCAGCCCAACGCGAAUAGUAAUACGAGACCUGAGGUCGCUGUUGCCCAAGUCUCCGCGACUUUGAAUCAGACCCCUGUGGCGACCAGGCCCAGGCUCAAAGAAAGGCGGUCCAACGCACUGAGGUCCUCUAAGCUCUUCAGCGUUCGCCUCUUCGUCGUCUUCGCGUUUUUUUUCAUGCUCGCGAUGUAUUUUUACAUCUCGGACCGUGCAGCGAGGUUGGCGCGCCACAGCAUGCCCUACUUCGCGCCUGCGUUGCCGGAGGAGCCUGAAAACCAGUGGGGCUUGUACUACACGAGGUUGGUAGAGAGAUUAACGUUGGAUUAG